UUGUUUUUUUAAAAUCAUGAUGAUUAAUCUGCUGAAAGUUGUGUAACAUCUCUCUCGAUAAGGUUGAGAGGCAGACUCCACAGCGUUGGUGGUGGCAGCGGCUGCUCUACAGCUGUAAGACACUGCCAAAAAGCCCCUGUGGAUCCUUGGUAUAAUGGAAGCUGCACACAAGCUGAAGAUUUUUGUCAUGUUUCUGUCUUUGGCUGCUUUCACUGUCAUGGUGAUACUGAAUGCUGGAAAUGCCACUGGGAUUUUCGAAGGUCUGUUUAGGACAACCCCUGGAAACAUCUCGGCGAAGUACAGCACUGACUUCACACCAGCUGGCUGGACUUUCCUCAUCUGGAACGUCAUCUAUGCCUGGCAGCUUGCCUGGCUUCUCUAUGCCUUGUCAGGGAUCUGUCGAAGAAAUGAACUUGGAUGUGUCUACAUAAAGCCAGACUUGCUACCAGUACCUUUUUAUGUGAUGUGGAUUCUGAAUAAUGGCCUUAACGUUGGAUGGCUGUUUCUGUGGGACCGAGAAUUCCUCCUCCCAGCCCUGGUGUUCCUGGCAGCUCUCACUCUUACUACCUGUGCUGCCCUCUUCAUUUCACAUCGAGCACUGAGCACCCACUCCUCGUGGUUUGUGAAGGCUCACAAAGCUGAGCGCUGGCUGAUCUGCAUCCUGGUUCAGAAUGGGUUGGCGCUGUAUGCAACGUGGACCACCAUUGCUACUCUGCUGAACUUUGCUGUUGUGCUGAUCUACAAGUGGAAUGUGUCCAAUGAGAAAACAACAACUGCUUCCCUAAGUAUCCUUGCUCUUGUUCUAGUACUAUGGUUUUAUCUAGAAAACUUCUUUCUUGACAAGUACGUCCGCUAUAACCUCACAAUCUACCCAGUGGUCAUAAUAGCUCUGACUGGCAGUGCAUGCAAGAACUUCUUGUUUUCAUCCCCAACAACAAACGGCAUUUUUAUAGUUGUUCUGCUGGCAAUGACUUGCUUGAUCUUCGCUGUUCGGCUGGGACUAGUCACAUGGAGACACUGUAAGAGACCACUGGGAGCAUCAGAAACCCCAGACCCAUCACACAGAGUGGCCUGAGACCUCUGGCAUGUUAUGGAAGAUACUUCAAAGGGAGAAAAAAAAAUGGGGCAUUUGCUGCUCCUUCCUUCCACUAUUGACUACCUUGUGCUCUUUUUUCCUGUUCCAAAUGCAGAGGGUGUGUGUCUGCAAACCUGUCCUGUUCCCAUGCUCCCUCUGACCAGCUAAUCACAGCCCCACCUUGAAUCUUCACCAGUCCCCCCCCCCUCCCUUCAUUUGGUGUGACUCUGGAUCAGUGGAGGAACACGUCCUUCAGCUGAAUAGACCUGUGUACCUUUGUGAUGGCUGAGCUGUGGCUCUUGGCUCCUGCCAGUGCAAGGAGGGCUGCCAACAGGUGCCUGGCAGGCCUGCACAGACCAGUGUUCACAUUCUUCCCUGGGGAGCUUAUUUUUCUUAAAGUCCUGUUCUACAUGAACCGUCCCUGGGAGGCAAGGUGAGCAGUGGGAGGUCUGCUGCUCCUCUGGUCACUCAGUGCUGAGUGUCUGCAAGACCCUGUGGUAUGAGCAGAUCUGCAGGCAGUAACUGCUCCCUCUCCUGCUUCCCCUCAUCAUGAUGGGAACAGAUGCUACAAGGCUAGAGAUCUACAUUUGAGGUGUCAGCUCUGAUGUUUGAUAUCCAAGGGGGAGGAGUGAACACUUCUGACACCAUAGCAAGCCUUCAACCUAUUUCAGCUUGCUGUAGCUCUAGAAACUGAAGAUGCAUUCAAGAUACCUGGGUUUCUGCCCUGGUUUUUCCUGGCUUUCUCAGUUGUUAGUCACUGUGUCAGUGCCUCUGUCUGCAGACCCACAAAACCAGCAGAUUUGUACUGUUCCUGCUCUGCCUGGAAGACAAGUGAGAUCUGGGUCAGGCAGGAGCAGUGGGUUGCCAUUCCCUGAACUGUGUAGAGUGAGCACAGCAGUUGCUGGCUGCCUGCCUACUGCUGGAGGAUGGUUUGUAGCUACUCUGGCAGGAGGUUAGAUGUACAGAUGAGAUUAUACUUGAUCUGGGGUAAAGCCUGCUGCUUCCAAGGAAAUUUGUUUAAGAAAAAAAGAAUAAUAAAUAUUUGAACCGGUAGAGUGAGUUCAGUGGAUCAGUGCUUUCUCACGUGGCUUCACUUCUGAGUUGGUAAUAGGAAGCCUAAAACUGGAUUGACUGAGUUAUUGGACCACUGCCUCAAUUUCUGUGCCUACUUGAGAGUUGAUGGUGCCUCACUGGUGUCUGGAAAGUGUUUCUUCAUGGCAGGUGCUUUCAAAUGCUGAAUAUAUUGCAAUACUAUUACAAAGGUAUUUUCUUCUACAGUAACAUGCUAUUGUUUACAUUUAACAAAGAACAAAAUCAGUGUAAUGCAA